AGAGAGCGCCUCACCUUCCCACCGAACCCGGUCGCCGUGCUAGCUUCGACUACUUGGCGCCCACGCACAUAAUCGUGUAUAUAGGAGAGAGACGUAUAGGAGCUCCCUAAGUGGCACUGCAGGCCUACAUUAGCAAUUGAAUGCCGCCUCCGCACAGGAUUCUAUCCGCUCUCUCCCUCACUCUUCCUCCAUCUUCUUCUUCAGCCUUCGUUUCCGGAACCUUCCUCUUCCGUAGGUCAUCUCCUUCCUACAUAACUCCACCUCGCUCUUUCUCCUCCUCCUCCUCCAUUUCUCUCUCGCAUUCAACCAUGCCGUACAGCCAGCGAAAGGGUGGGCAAACGUGGAGAGAGAAAACAAAGACUGACAGCUCCGUCGAUAACAGACUUGGUGAAUGGAGUGCUAGUGGAAGCAGUGGGCAAACUCAAGCAUCAGUUCAGCCCAUACAGUUUGGGAAGGUACAAGUAAAUCCUGUUCCAGUACAAGGUCAAAAAGGAAUAUGGAAGCCUAAAUCUUAUGGAACUGUCAGUGGGUCUACGGCAGUAGAAGCUGAAGUACCUGUUGAUAAAAGUUCGGUUGGAUUAGAGCAAAAUGGAGUUGGACUAGCAACUCCUCAGAAAAGUAGUUCUGGUGCAAGUAAGUUGUUCAAGGGUAAUCUAUUGGAAAAUUUUACUGUGGACAACUCAACAUAUGCUCAGGUGCAAAUACGAGCUACUUUCUAUCCUAAAUUUGAAAAUGAGAAGUCAGAUCAGGAGUCACUCUUUUUUUCUUCAUCUAUUCAGAUUAGGACAAGGAUGAUUGAGAUGGUAUCUCAAGGCUUGGCUACCUUGGAGGUUUCACUUAAACACUCGGGGUCACUUUUUAUGUACGCUGGUAAUGAGGGCGGUGCUUAUGCCAAAAACAGCUUUGGUAAUAUAUAUACAGCUGUUGGUGUAUUUGUUCUUGGACGGAUGUUACGUGAAGCAUGGGGAUCUGAAGCAGCAAAAAAGCAAGCAGAGUUCAAUGAUUUCCUAGAGAGGAACCUUAUGUGCAUAUCAAUGGAGCUCGUAACUGCAGUCCUAGGAGACCAUGGACAGCGUCCAAAUGAAGAUUUUGUUGUGGUGACAGCAGUCACAGAGCUGGGCAAUGGGAAGCCAAAGUUCUACUCAACCCCUGAGGUUAUUGCUUUCUGUCGGAAAUGGCGCCUUCCGACAAAUCAUGUAUGGCUGUUCUCAACAAGGAAAGCAGUGACAUCGUUUUUUGCUGCCUUUGAUGCCUUGUGUGAAGAAGGAACUGCAACAACUGUGUGCAGAGCUCUUGAUGAAGUUGCAGAUAUAUCUAUACCAGGUUCAAAAGAUCAUAUCAAGGAGCAGGGUGAAAUCUUAGAGGGUAUUGUUGCUCGUAUUGUAAGCCAUGAGAGCUCAAAGCAUAUGGUGGAAGUCUUAAAAAAUUUCCCUCCUCCCCCAAUGGAAGGAGCUGGUCAUGAUUUGGGACCUAGCCUAAGGGAGAUUUGUGCUGCAAAUAGGUCGGAUGAAACACAGCAAAUAAAAGCUCUUCUCAAGGGUGUUGGCUCCUCUUUUUGCCCUGACCAUUCAGACUGGCUUGGGGGAGCUGGUGAUGCCCAAUCUAGAAAUGCAGAUAAAGCAGUGGUUUCAAAAUUUUUACAAUCUCACCCUGCUGAUUUUUCUACCACCAAAUUGCAGGAAGUGAUUCGUUUGAUGAGAGAAAAGCGUUUUCCUGCUGCCUUUAAAUGCUACCAUAACUACCACAAACAGGAUUCCAUGUCCAAUGACAACCUUUUCUACAAAAUGGUUAUUCAUGUCCAUAGUGACUCUGCAUUUCGGCGUUAUCAGAAAGAGAUGAGGUCGAAGCCAGGACUUUGGCCUUUAUAUCGAGGUUUUUUCGUUGACAUUAAUUUGUUCAAGGCAAGCAAUGAGAGAGCUGCUGAGAUUGCAAAAAACAAAAGUACUGUUGUGGACGAUGAUGGUGGCACUGGUAUGUCCGGAAAACAUGGAUUGGCUGAUGAAGACGCAAACUUAAUGAUCAAAUUGAAAUUUCUUACCUAUAAGUUGCGUACCUUUUUGAUCCGCAAUGGUUUGUCAAUUCUUUUUAAAGAAGGUCCGGCUGCUUAUAAAGCCUAUUACUUGAGGCAAAUGAAAAUAUGGGGCACUUCAGCAGGAAAGCAGAGGGAGCUCAGCAAAAUGCUUGAUGAAUGGGCUGUGUACAUACGACGGAAAUGUGGAAACAAACAGCUGUCGUCAUCAGUGUACCUCAGUGAGGCUGAGCCUUUCCUUGAACAAUAUGCUAAACGGAGCCCACAGAAUCAGGCUCUUAUAGGAUCUGCUGGAAACUUAGUAAGGGCUGAAGACUUCUUGGCCAUAGUUGAGGGAGGAAGAGAUGAAGAGGGUGAUCUUGAGAAGGAGUUUGUACCAUCAAGCCCCAGUGCCUCAACCGGGGACAUCAUUCCAAAGGCUGAGGGUCUGAUUGUAUUCUUUCCUGGACUACCUGGUUCUGCUAAGUCAGCACUGUGCAAGGAACUACUCAAAGCCCCUGGAGGAUUUGGGGAUGAUAGGCCAGUUCACACUCUUAUGGGUGACCUUGUUAAAGGAAGAUAUUGGCAGAAGGUCGCUGAUGAGCGGAAGAAAAAACCGUAUUCUAUAAUGCUUGCAGACAAGAAUGCACCAAAUGAAGAAGUGUGGAGACAGAUUGAAGACAUGUGCCACAGAACCGGGGCCAAUGCAGUUCCAGUUGUUCCUGAUUCUGAAGGCACUGAUUCAAAUCCGUUUUCUCUUGAUGCAUUAGCGGUUUUCAUGUAUCGUGUGCUUCAACGUUCUAAUCAUCCGGGAAACCUCGACAAGAAUUCUCCAAAUGCUGGCUAUGUGCUGUUAAUGUUCUAUCACCUUUAUGAGGGCAAAAGUCGUAGCGAGUUUGAUGGUGAAUUAGUUGAGCGUUUUGGUUCGCUUGUCAAGAUACCACUGCUGAAAUCUGAUAGGAAUCCAUUACCUGAUCCUGUGAAAUCAACUCUUGAGGAGGGAAUAAAUUUAUACAAGCUUCACACUAAGAAACAUGGAAGGUUGGAGUCUACCAAGGGAACCUAUGCAAAUGAGUGGGCUAAAUGGGAGAAACAGUUGCGAGAUGUUUUAUUUGGCAAUUCAGAGUAUCUUAAUUCUGUUCAGGUUCCUUUUGAGUCUGCUGUUAAGGAAGUAUCAGAAGAGCUAAGUAAGAUUGCAAAAGGUGAGUAUGAGACUCCAGAGUACAGAACUCCAGAUUCUGGGAAGAGGAAGAUCGGGGCCAUUGUUUUUGCUGCCAUUAGCCUGCCUAUUACCGAAAUCAAAGGUUUGCUUGAUAAUUUGGCUGGGACAGAUAGUAAAGCCGCAGCUUUCCUCAAAGACAAGAAUUUGGAGAACCAGAUUAAUGAGGCCCAUGUUACUCUUGCACACAAGAGAAGUCACGGUGUUACUGCAGUGGCUAAUUACGGCAUCUUCCUACACAAACAGGUCCCUGUGGAUAUAACUGCACUGCUCUUCACGGAUAAAAUUGCUGCGUUUGAAGCAUGCCCUGGCUCUGUUGAAGGUGAAAGAGUCGUCUCCAAAAACGAGUGGCCACAUGUUACCUUAUGGACUGCAGAGGGUGUUGCAGCUAAGGAGGCCAACAUGUUACAUAAUUUGCAUUUAGAAGGGAAGGCUACUCGUAUUGCAAUUGACCCACCUGCCACCAUUCAGGGGCCGCUGGAGUUUUACUGAAGUCAUCGUUUCUUUGGCUUUAUUCGUGAACUAGAUUGACCUUGAUAGAGAGUAGAAUACAGUUUCCUUUGAUGAUGCUGGUGUUGAAAUGAAGAGAGAGCUCAGCUGCCAAGUGGAGGAGAAAAUUUUGCAUAUAACAAGAAAAUUUUGAUGUAUUAAUUCUUUUGAUAGUUUGUAUAUAGGCAAUUGCAAACUCGAAGCUGACUCGUAUAGUUUACAUAUGGAAUCCUUGACAAAAACACAGUCGGGGACCGAGAUACCUUGAUAUAUGAGUCAACAUUUUGAUGACUUUCCUAUUCUAGGUCUAAUAAUAACAAUUUUGUUAGUAUUA